GCAGAAGGAGCGGGGCAGCGUUUCCCGGGCACUGGUACAAGCUGAACUGCAAACACCGGCAGCCGCCUCCUGCUUGUUUAUCUCCCCCCACUGCCCAUCCUCGCUUCUUUCACGGGGGGUACUCGCCUCACUUGAAGUUGGGUGGCAAACAUCGCAGAGCGCCCCAAGAGCCUUCAAACGGGGGGCAAAGCUGUUCCGAGCAGCCUCCCUCCCGCGGAUCUGCGUCUCUUCCCGGCAGGACUUAGCAACUUCUUCACCUCCCCCUCCCCCCGCUGGCCUUUUAUUUUUGUCUCUCCCUCCCCAAGCUCUGCAAUGACCAGGACUCUGCCCACCCCCGGCCAUGGGGAAUGGCGAGCCACGGCUUCUGGCAGCGCCGGGAAGGCUCGCCCGAGGAGAAGGGAAGAGUGAGCGCGGCAGAGAGCAGCAGGAAGAAGAAGAAGAAAGCGGGCAGAAAGUCCCUGCUGCAGCUGCCCGCACGCAGCUCCAUCCCGCUCCCCCCCCCCCGCCUCUUCCCGAGCACCAGGAGUGCGGAGGAGCAAUGAUGGCCUAGAAAUGAACCAGCGCUGCUGACUUUGUCCAGCGGCUUCUUUCUGUUCUUCCACCCCUUCCGAGCCGACAAUCCCGUGGAUUUUUUUUAACCUGCAGCGAUCUCGGAGGGAGAGCCUAUAAACAGGGCGACAGGCUCUUUGAUCAGGGGACAGGAGAGGGAAGUUGAUCUCCUUACCAAAUCCGAGGCUUUAACUUUGCAGACUCUUCCUAGCCUUGCCCCCCUCUCGCGCUUCUCCGUUUGCACCCUGUGAUAGAUAUUAAUUUUUGCAAUCUCUGGAGGAACCUGAGAGGGUUUCUCUCUCUCUGCUGGGGAGGGGAGGGGGUUGCCUCGUUGUGUAUGUGGGGGGAAGAAGGGAGGCUGAAACUAUGGCUCUGACCAGCGACUCUGCCAGUGUCAGAGGCAAGUCCAGCCGGAGCAUUGGUGAGGAGAAAAGCCCAGCAGAGCGAGUAGGAUCUGAUUGCAAUGGGUAUUGUUACUCUGAUGGGAAACAGAAGCAGCCGGGCAUUCAGCAGGGGCAAAAGGAAGACUCAACCUGCCAGCUCUGCUGGGGAGACCUGGUGCUGCAGAAAAUCUGGAGCUCCCGGAAACUUUCCUCGGCUCUCUGCGCCGGAUCCCUGUCCUUCUUGCUGGCUCUGGUGGUCAGGUUGGUCCGGGGGGAGAUCGGCUGCAAUCUGGAGGAGAAGGAGAUAGUGGCGGCGGAGGAGGAAGCAGCAGCAGCCGCAACAGCUGGAGGAGGAGAAGCGGCUGGUUUGCCGUUGCCCCCAGCAGGGUUCCCCAGUAGCAACAGCAGCAGCUUCCAGCUGACUCCUUGGCUGCAUCCCAUCGCUUUGCUCUUCAGCCUCAUGUGUGUCUUCUUUUGGAUGGGCUUGUACUUGCUGCGCUCCGGGGUCCGCCUGCACACAGCCGCCUUGCUCCUGGCCGCCUGCUGCGGGGGGGAAGCGAUUGUCCAGAUUGGGUUUGCGGUAGGGGAGGAUCACUUGCUUUCCUUCACCGCCACGGGGGUGGUGCUGAGCUGCCUGGCCACUGUGACAUGGCUGGUGCUGAAGCUGAGGCAGGGCGUCCUCAUGAUCGCCUUGACUAGUGCGGUCAGGACCACGUCCCUAGUCUCCUUAGAGAGGAUCAAGGUAGCCUGGAGACCCUACCUGGCUUACUUGGUCGGGCUCCUGGGCAUCCUGCUGGCCAGGUACGCGGAUCAGCUCUUGCCCCAUUCCGGGGCUGCGCAGCAUAGAGAGGUUUCUGGUGCCCAGCUGGCCAAGGAAGAGGUCCCGGUGUUUAAGAGGAGGAGGAGGUCCAGCUCCAUGAUCUCUCCCGAGAUGUCCAGCUGCAGCAACAAGACUCAUCGGAGGACUUCCCUGCCUUGCAUACCUAGGGAGCAGCUCAUGGGGCAUUCUGAAUGGGACCACAAACGAGGGUCCAGAGGAUCACAGUCUUCAGGUACCAGUAUUACAGUUGAUAUCGCUGUUAUGGGAGAAGCUCAUGGGCUCAUUACCGACCUUCUGGCAGAUCCUUCGUUGCCACCUAAUGUGUGUACUUCCCUGAGAGCAGUGAGCAACCUGCUAAACACACAGUUAACCUUCCAGGCUAUUCAUAAGCCAAGGGUUAACCCUUUGAUGUCCUUCAGCGAGAACUACACCUGCUCUGACUCAGAGGAAUGUCCGGAAAAAGGAGAAAAGCUGGCUAUUCCCAAGCGUCUACGGAAGAGUCUGCCUCCAGGUCUACUCAGGCGAGUGUCGUCAACUUGGACCACAACAACAUCUGCCACAGGUUUACCUACCUUGGAGCCUGCACCAGUGAGAAGAGACCGCAGUGGCAGCAUCAAACCUCAUGAAUCUUCUUCAUCCAGCACUGACCCUUGGAACAGCUCAAUUCUGAUGGCCAUCACAAAAAAUAGGUCCUUCUCAGCCUCCUAUGCGAUGUCUGCUACAAAUCAUCUGAAUUCCAAAAGGCAAAGCCGACAAGGUAUCCCACCUCUCACAUCCCCAUGCCAUUCACCUAUUCAGGGAACCCCAGCCACCAGUCCUACUGGCAAAACCUCUUCUGUGCAAUUUCCAGACCCUACUGACACUGACACCAAGCAGACCUUGAAACCACACAAGGUUUUAACUUCUACUCAGAGCGCACCAGACCUUUCGGAGCAGAUUAUGGGCCCUCCUGUUAUCUGUAGCAGCUGUGGCAGACCAUAUAGCCAAAUAGGUUCUGGCACUGGAGCGCUGGACAGAGGUAAUGGAACAACACAUGGCCUGACCAGAACAGAUGAUCCAGCUCAAGCCACCUCUGACUAUGAAACCAACAACAGUGACAGCAGCGAUAUUGUACAAAAUGACGACGAGACAGAUUGCUCUAAAGACCCAAUGCGGAAGGGAUCUGUCUGCAGAACGUACGCGCCUGAGACUAUCAUGUUGCACCCUUUAAUACCACCCGAGGACAAACCGAUCCUUGCCCCAGAGCCUCUUGUCAUGGACAACUUGGACUCCCUUAUGGAUCAGCUAAACAAUUGGAACUUUCCAAUCUUUGAUUUGGUGGAAAAAAUAGGAAAGAAAUGUGGUCGGAUCCUCAGCCAGGUAUCAUACAGGCUUUUUGAAGACAUGGGGCUGUUUGAAGCCUUUAAGAUUCCAGAGCGGGAGUUCAUGAAUUACUUUCAUGCCUUGGAGUGCGGAUACCGAGAGAUACCAUAUCACAACAGAAUUCAUGCGACUGAUGUUCUACAUGCUGUUUGGUACCUUACUACUCAGCCUAUCCCAGGACUCCCAACUGUGGUUAAUGACCAUGGGUCAGCAAGUGAUUCAGAUUCUGAUAGUGGAAUCACUCAUGGCCAUAUGGGAUAUGUGUUUUCGAAGAUGUACACACCUGCAGAUGAGAGUUACGGCUGCCUAGCUGGCAACAUCCCUGCCCUAGAAUUGAUGGCACUUUAUGUAGCUGCAGCCAUGCAUGAUUAUGAUCAUCCAGGAAGGACCAAUGCCUUUUUGGUUGCAACCAGUGCGCCUCAGGCUGUGCUGUAUAACGACCGCUCUGUUUUGGAGAACCAUCAUGCAGCUGCUGCAUGGAAUCUUUUCAUGUCCAGGCCAGAGUAUAACUUCUUAGUCAACCUUGAUCAUGUGGAAUUCAAGCAUUUCCGCUUCCUUGUAAUUGAGGCCAUUUUGGCCACUGACCUGAAGAAACACUUCGAUUUUGUAGCCAGAUUCAAUGCCAAGGUGAAUGAUGAUGUUGGAAUUGACUGGGCUAAUGAAAAUGACCGCUUGCUGGUUUGUCAAAUGUGCAUCAAACUGGCUGACAUCAAUGGGCCUGCCAAAUGCAAAGACUUGCAUCUGCAGUGGACAGAGGGCAUUGUUAAUGAAUUCUAUGAACAGGGUGAUGAAGAGGCGAGCCUUGGCCUUCCUAUAAGUCCUUUCAUGGAUCGCUCAGCUCCCCAGUUGGCACACCUUCAGGAAUCCUUCAUUUCUCACAUUGUGGGUCCACUAUGUAAUUCCUAUGACUCAGCGGGGCUGAUGCCAGGGAAAUGGGUGGAAGAUAGCGAUGAGUCAGGAGAUACUGAUGAGCAGGAAGAGGAAGAAACAGCAGAAAUGGAAACGUGUGAAAAUUCCGAGUCAAGAAAGAAAAAGUUCAAGCGGAGGAAAAUCUACUGCCAGAUCACUCAGCACCUGCUUCAGAACCAUAAAAUGUGGAAAAAAGUAAUUGAAGAUGAGGAAAGGAUAGCUGGGACAGAAAAGCAAGGUCUAGAGCAAUCCACGCUGCACCAAUCCUCGGAACAAAUUCAGGCCAUCAGGGAAGAGGAGGAGGAGAAAGGGAAACCCAAAGGGGAGGAGCAGGAGGACACAGCUAUAGAACUGAACCAAUAACAAUAUUUUCAACAGUAUUUUAAGACAGAUUGACUUGUGCACAGACUCCUUUUCAAGCCAGCACAACACUUAGACACAACACUGUAGAAAUAUUGGAUAAUGCACCUACAGCAAUUUGAUUUGUUUCUCUUUCCUUUGUAUGGUGAGGUACAUUGUUUAAACUCCUACGCUCAAGAAGCUUUCGCACUGCGACACUGGCUUUUACAGACUUUCUUAACGAGGCAAGGAGAGGGGGGAAUUAUGUACAUAGCCGUUCAUUGGCUGCGCACUUCAGCAAAAUGCAUGUAAUGAUACAUUAUGGUCACCGUGAUAUUACAGAAGGAAGUUGUCCAAGGAAAUACUGCUCCUAAAGCACAUUUGCAGUUAACUGUGAGGUACCAGUUAAGUAGAUUUUGCUCUUAACGCUGAGGGAUAAAAGUUCCAAAGCUUUCUCAGAAUGUUAAUACAUCCUGCUAACGUAUAUGUGGGGGAGAAGAGGGAGCGCACGUGUGUGUAUUUGGCUGGAUGUACUAUAAUGUAAUUGAGUUUUUGAGUUUUUAUCAGACUAGGUUUAGCACAUGGCUUGUGAACAAACACAGGGCCCCAAUUCUAAGAAAUGUGGGACGGCGUGGAAAGUGGAUCCCUUCGUAAGGAGCUCUGCAUUUUCAGUGGCCAGUGAAGCCUCCUUUUGCAGCCUGGUUGCACUACUGUCUUUCAGCAGAAGCCGUGCGACUCUCACUGCUGACUGGCACCAUUUGCAGCACCCUGUGACUGAACUCCUAACCACCUGCCACAUUGGCACUUUCCAGACUGCCAGUGAAAGGAAUGUGCAUGGAAUCCAUCGUAUCCAAAGUGUGGGUUAUUAUAGGGCACACGUUGUUACUCCUCGUUAAGAAAACUGUACCUUUGAAUGAGUUAGUGGUUUCAGGGAGCACUGUGUGUGUGUGAGAAAGAGAGAGACCAUGCAUGCUUGGGAGUUAAUCACACACUACUGCUUCCUCCCUUCCCCAGCCUUACAUUUCCUUGUGUCAGUGGCCAAACACAUUGUAAAAUGAAGCUAAAUUGUCAUCUUUAAAGUGCAGCAGGAGGGGAGAUGUGAAGCCAUCCAGUUCCUUGGGCUCAAAAGGCAGUGUCUUUGUGAUGCUCCAACAGAAGGGUGCGGUGAGGGAGCAGCUGCUUGUCCAUAUUUGCUAGAUGCUUGUAUGCCUCAGCAGCCACUCACACCAGCUUCAAAGAGUGCCAUUUUUCAGCACAGGGUGCUGAAUGGGAGCCAUUUGCAGCUGGCAUUCUGCUUAGAUGCAACAUACUCCAUCCAUACUACUUUGUUUGCGCUUUGGGGGGAAAAAAAGAUUGAGGUUGUAGUAGAGCAGAUAAUUUUUGGUUUGUUUCUCUGUCAUUUAAGCUGUGAGCCAAACGUCUAUUUAAAAGGUUGAUAUUCACGUUCAAUAUUUUAUUUCACGAUAUUAUAUUUGUCAAUGAUUAGUUAUCUAGAUGUAAAUAUGGAGAAAUUUGUAUGGGUUCCUGUAGAUAAUGAAGUCUUUAAGAAAAAGGGGGGAAAAAGGGAAAUGUUUUUGUAAAGGUAAUUUUUUAAAAAACACCAUUUUUAUACAGUGUAGCCAUUUCCAAGCCCAUCAAAUAAGGUCUUGAGUAGUUAAGGGAAGCCACUGGUCUACAGGAGCAAGACACUGACAUAUUCAUGUUUAUUGAUUUGGACAGGUAGCCUCAGCCAUUAUCUUGCUAAUUAAGGAUUUACCAGAAAUCUUUUGGCUCCCCCCAAAAAAUCUGAGUUCUUGAUCUCCCAAAAAGGUGGACCAAUGAGGUAAGCCAUUCUAAAAUCUGAGCCUGCAUACCUCAUUCAUCAACAAAGCUUGAGUGGGGCUGCUUGGAUGAAUAAGAAAUAUGUAAGUAAAGGUUGCAGUAACAGCCCAUCCUGUUUUAACUUAAGUCUCUGAUCUGUCCAUUGCUCACCCCCUUUUAUUUACCACCCUUCACAGUAUUUUAUUGACUCAUUAGUACUUCUUGGGAAAGAACAGAGAACAUUCUGUUUCUAAACCAGUCUGCAUAUGUGUUAUCACUUCUGUAUUAUUCUCCAAUUCAGCCUGCAGUCUGGGUCUCUUUGUUUCUUGUGGGUUCAUCUUCUCUUUAUCUUUUCUUCCCUCUUCAAACAGUAGGAAGACACACUCCACUGUUAGUGACAGCAUGAUUAUAGAGCAUCAUUUCAGUUGGGAACAUCAAUAGAAAGAGUUGAUUAAUGCUAAAAAAAAAAAAAGAAAGAUCCUGAUUUCUUUUUUUUUUUAAGUAAGGGAAAUCAGAUAACUAAGCAUAAUUCUUCCAAAACAAAAUGGAAUGCCUCUCAAAGUUUUCUCCAAAGCACCAGCAGGUCUCCAGUAAUUCAGGCUUGCACUGUUUCAACGUUCAUUCAGCCACCUCUGUCUAUCAAUUAAUGUUUUGGCACCAAUUAUAUACCAGGUUGAAGAGCUUUCUCACAACAUUUAACAUGUCCUUUAAUAUUAUUUUAUGAAGAAUCAAACUCACAGACACUGUAGAAUUCCACAUCCCAACUGAUGAUGAAAAUCUAUGAUCAGAGUUGGAAUAUUUUAAAAAUGCCAAUGGGCUAAACAAAAAAACAAAACAAAAAAUCCUUGGUGAAAACAAAAGCCAGGGUUCAGAGGUGCUAAUAAGAGCACAGAUGGUGUAAUAAAGAGGGGAGGCAUUCCAAAUACAAGGCUGAAUCCUGCAAACCUUUUACUCCUGCACAUAGUCCUGUUGAAUUCCUUGUAUAAGUAUGGGCUACUUACCCAAGCAAGAGUGCAGGACUGGGCCUCUGAAAAAGUGCUCUUUAAAAUGUACCUAGAGGAGAUUUUUAAGAUAAAUCCUUAGUUGUCAUCAUUCUAAUUGCUACUCGGCAAUAUUAAAGUCUGUUUCCAAUUCAUUGAGCUUACUUCCUGUAGUGCCAGUGAGGCUGUUACAAAUUGCUACAUUACUACACAAGCCUAUUUGUGGGUGCAGUUAGACAAACUCAGGUCUUUUUAAAUGAAGGAAUUGCUGGCAGGCUUAGAACAGGAAUGGUGAACAUUAUCCAAACUGUAGAGCAGCAGGCAAUACAAGUGAAAGCAAAAACAGCUGGGACUGGUUAACUUGAUAAUAUGCUAUCUGUGGUGAUGUGCAGAAUUCGUUGGUAUUAGUAAAAAAACAGCUGCAUCUAGUAACAAACCAGGUGACAUUCUUGCACUCCACAUUGCUACUGGCAGAACCCGACUUCAGUAGGCAGUGACCCACUUAUAAAUCUUACCUGUUGUCUUUGAAAAUGUUUUUCCACCAAGAAAUUAUUAGGAAACUUCCCAGGCAUGUUUUACCAGUAAAAAAUAGGUUUGUAUUGAAUGUGUGCAUACAGUUUUGCUUUCUUUUGUAGUAGAUAACAAAGCAAAUAGUUGAUUAUCCAGAGAUUUAUGUACUGGUCUUGGCCCAAAAGAGAGGGAAGAACCAAAACUUUCAACCAGAAGUUUCAGCAGCCCUUUCAGGCCAUUUUGGUUUCCUGCUUUCUACAGCCCUUUGGUGUUCUGAAAUCCAGAUAAACCACAGCCUGUGCAAUAAUUUUGAAACAAAAAAAAGUAAAUUGCAUUUCAUCAGCAGUGUUCAGUUUUCAGGUAGAGUAUCAAUGAAUGUUUAAAGUGUUGAUAUGAGAUUCUGGUAUGUACAGUAUAUAAUUUGUUUAAUACUGAGGAAACCAAAAACCUUUUCAAGAAUGUUUCUCAGUAGAAAUAAUAAUUAGAAAUUACUUUCUUAUGGAAUUCCAUACUUUGGGGGUGGCAGGCACAUGUCUCAAGUUCUACAUUCUUUUUAAAAAGAGAGUGAGGAUAGGUUAUGACUUCCAAUUUUGAAUCAGAAUCCUCAUUCCCUUGUUAAUUUUGUCUUCUCCAUUGUAAUCACUAACUGAUUUAGCAGUGUGUGCAGCCACCAUUGCGAAGAGAAGUACACUGAAUGGCCUUGUAUCAAUCUACAUGGCAAGUAUUUCGUUUCUCCAUCUUCUUCUUGUUAUGCUACCCAGCCAAUUGCUGCUGGUUCAUCCUUACAGGUUUUAGAAUCUGGCUUGUUUGUCAGCAGACAUGUAUUUUGUAUUCCUCCCCCAACACACAGAAGAUAGAGAUUAGAUAAAAACCCAGAACUGUUUAUCUUUCCCUUGAAUGGUACCAACACUGAAAUCAUCCCGACUUUGAAUCGAAGCCUGCCCAUCUCUAGAAAUAACCAUUCUAAUUGGGCACAGAUAGUCAUAAUCUAGGCUUAGUUGCGCUAAUCCUAAUGGGAACUUGAUAGCAUACUAAAAGUUUUGAUCCAAUAUGCAAAACACCUAUUGCCACAUGUCUUAGAAAAUAAGCUGCUCUCCUUGAUGCAAAAACAGUGUUAGAUUUUUGAUGCAGUGUUGCCUGCCAUGCAUUAGAUACCUGGACGGAAAUCCAGUGGCAAUCAGGGAUUCCAAUGUGCUCUUAAAAAGGAGUUCAAAUCUCUCUUCUCUGUAAGUGAGAUUCACUCUUUGUAGAAAACUAUCACAGUGUCAGUGCACCCCCAAAGACCUAUUUUGAGCACUUAAGUGGAGUAUAGGCAUUGUGGAAUUUAGGUGCAUCAUUUUGGUGGUUCAUCGGGAAUGUUGCCCAACUAAGAGCUUAAGGUAACAAUUUUCAGACGUCUUCAAGUGGCUUAGAAUAGAAUUUCAAAGGUAUUUAGGCAUCUAAUGAGAUUUUCAAAAGCACAUAAGCAAGUUAGGUGCCAAACUCUCAUUGAUUUCAAUGGAAAACAGGCAUCUACCUCAUUUAGACUCUUUUGGAAAUCACACAAGAUGUUUGUUUGCAUCUUUGGGUGUCUAUAUACCUUUGAAAACCUGACCCCAAAGUCCAUUUUCAAAAGUGGCUUAGGUGGUUAUGUCCCAUUGACUUUCAAUGAGAUUCAGGCCCCUUAAGUGUUGUGACUUCUGAAAAUGGGACUUUGGCACCUAUGCCACGUUAGUCAAUUUUUAAAAAAUUUGUACCCUUAUAAAAAAUUGAGUGAAGACUUUUCAGUUUGCCCCAAAAAUAUGAAUGAAGCCAUUAAUAGGUAUAAAUAGUAACUGUUUCCACUGCCUUACUCUGAAUAGGGCCUUAACCUGCAGCACUGAUGUCAAUGAGAGCUUUGCUAUUGACUUCAAGAGGCAAAGAAUCAAGUCCCUAGUCCCAUUGAUUUCCCUAGGACUGCUUGACAAGAUGCUAGUCAACAUGAAUGUGGUUAGUAGAAUAAGGCUGUGAGGGAGUCAGUACCCAGAUUAAAGUACAGAACAGCUUGCCAACUCAUACCACACUUUACAUUCUUGUAACAAAGUAAGACACGCAAGCUGAGAUGCAACUGUGCUUUGAUUCAUCCGAGAUAUUAACAGUGAAAUAGAAACUAUGCAGUAAAGGUUGGUUUACACUGGAAUAAUAAUAAAAAAAGACAGUUGGCAACUACUUUGCUUCCUUCCCUCUGGUGAAAAAGAGGCAUUUGACAAUAUUUUGGGAUAAAUUUGAUGGCUAGAUAUUACUAAUAUCAUUUUGGCCUGUGCAUAUUGGUGUGGUUGAGAAGCACAGACGUCAUGUAACUGAGCAUAAAGAUUUCUGUUUAAGUGUGAGUGAUGUGAGACAGGAAUCACUUGAGCAUUUUUAUGACACAUUGAUGGAAAAAUAAACUGGCUCCAAGGCAUGCAAAUUGCUUUAUCUACAGCCAAGCAUGUGCCUUUUUGUUGCAGCAGAGAACAGUCUAUACUGUGCAACUAGGGGCUGAGCACCAAGAGUCAUUCAGUCUUUCCAGCCUUGGCUUGGGAUAUUUGCCUGAAAAAUUGGGUCUCCCCCAGCUGGCAGCAUGGUAUUGACGUAAUUAGUCCUAAUGUUGAUGGGAUUUUAAACAUAGAUGGAGACUGUUAAAUUGGCAACCCCUAGGAAAGAAAGGAAACCUAGUCAAGUUCCAAAUAGACUCUAUACAGUGCAGCUGGUUUUUACUUUUCAUUCAAAACGGAGUAAUCCUUUGGAGAGACUCAAGCAUUGAGUUUCAAGGGUGUUAACCGUAGUACUGUUUGACAGUCAGUCAAACAUUAAUAAACGCACUAGAGAUGAUUUUUCCCUUCCCUCCCCAAACUGAAAAGGAGGAAUCCCUCUUUAAUUUUUUUUAAAUGAACCCACAGAUGUAGGAGCCUUUUGAUGUCUGAGUUAUCACUCUUUACAGAUUUGCUGGUGGCAUUUGUCAAAGAACCACGCAAUCUGAGGGAGAUGGGAGGGUGGGGGGGGGAGAGGAGAUAUGAUUUUGUGGUGUUUUUUGGACAGUAUCCAGCCCUCCUCAAGAAAAUAAAUUGAAAUAAUCAUAGGCAUUGUACAGUGGUCAGCCUUAAAAAUGUGCCAAUUUAUCUUAGAUAAAUAGAGAUGGUUACCACUGUAUUUGUGGUAUUUCUUAUACUUAAGCUUGGCAAAAAUUGAUGUUGGUUUAUUUAUAGUAUUGAUGUUCAUUUUUAAGCAUAUUUUUAGAUUUUUAUCCAUUUAAAUUUUCACAGUUUGUUAAAU